AUGAUUGGGCCUCACAGGUGGAUCUUACACAGCAUGGGGCGAUCUGUGAGCGAGUCGUAUGGAAAGCGAGCCCCGGUCGCUUUGACACAAAAGCGCGUAAAUGCGAGAUUGAAGUGGAUAUCAGCAUUCUCGCCAAUCAAGUGGGGACUUUCACCGCCGUCUCCGCAACUCGCAACUUCACUCUUCAUCAUGUCGCGAGAUGCCCUGCAAUUCCCGGAUUCCGACCGGGGGUUCCUAGAACCUCAUCUGCCUCCAGGUGAAUCGGUGCAGACCGAUCUGCCCUUCACCACACUGACCUUUGCGACGUCGCUGGACUCGUCGCUGGCCUUGUCCCCGGGCGCGCGGACAGUCCUGUCAGGCCCUCAGUCGAAGGCGAUGACCCAUUACUUGCGGUCGCGACACGAUGGAAUCCUGAUUGGCGUUGGUACAGCGGUGGCCGAUGAUCCCGGGUUGAACUGUCGCAUCGCCGGAGUCGGCGGGUACGGUCAAGAUGGCUUGCACGGCCAACCCAGACCGGUGGUGAUUGACCCGACAGCUCGGUGGGAAUUUUCCGAAGACAGCAAGCUGUUUCAACUGUGCAGAGAGGGCCGGGGCCUGGCGCCCUGGGUCAUCACUGCGGUGGAGCAACCCAGUCCCGAGAAGCAGGCUCUGCUCGACAAAUACGGCGGGCGCUUUUUGUCGGCCAAGAUGCUGAGAACUCAUACCGGUGGCCACCAAGUUGAUUGGCGCGAUCUUUUUGCGACUUUGAAAUCAGAGGGUCUCCAGAGCAUCAUGGUGGAGGGUGGUGGGCAAGUUAUCAACUCCCUCCUGAGCCCACAGUACAUGUCCCUACUUGACAGUGUGAUUGUGACAAUUGCGCCAACCUGGCUGGGCCAAGGGGGUGUUGUUGUCUCCCCCGCGCGGCGAUUCGAUGAGGGAGGCAAUGCGAUGUCUGCAGCAAGGCUGAAAAACGUCAAAUGGUAUCCGUUUGGAGAAGACGUUGUCCUGUGUGGGCAGGUCAUAGUCUCAAACGGAGAGUAA